AUGUGCGAUGACACCACUGAUUUAAACCACGGGGACAGCACUGCCAAUUGCCCCGUCGCUGCAAAUGGUGGCGCUUCGGACAGAAGCGAAUGCAUUUCCAGCGGAGAAACACGUAACUGAAAUGAAUUACGUACUUUCACAUCUACUGUUUCACAUGCGAGGUUCAAUUGCGAGCAAAUAAGUAUUGUCGGAAGCUGCAGCACAGCUGAAAACAGGAGCAACAAAAAACAUAGGUACCGACGGGGCGCCCACAAGCUAUGGUGGGGCGCGAUCGGAGUCCGACGUGUCCGAGCAACCCAGUGCAAAGCGGAUCAAACUCGAAAUUACGCCAUCCGAAGGGACGAGAGAUGAAACACAGGACGCGUCCGCCAGUUCAGAAGAGCGGACGCCGCAAGUCUUCACGGUUUUAGAAGAACGACAGGUGUUCCCGGUAGGUACUGCAGGUCAUCGAGCUCACACAGAGCUCGACAUGCCUCAGAUUUCAUCGCCCGAGGAGCCUCGCGGCCAACAGCAGGCAAAAAAGCCGCCGACACAGUCGGACAACGCAGGAAGUAAUUACUCCGUCUCUCACGCUCGCCCGAGUCCGCUGGAAAAGCAACCUGUUUCACAACGGGGUCCAGAGAAGAGUACAGUGCAAUUUGUCGCCGCGACACCGUCUCCAGGUAUUUGUUUGCCAGAUUUUUCUUGUUUUUUCGUGUUGGCUUGCAUUCCGAGCGGCUGCUGGUGUCUUUUGCAAACGAUCGAGAUGCACGAAAUUACAGGUACGAGCUUGCGCCCGUUUUCCGAUGUAGAAACCAAUUUGCUUGCCGUGGACAAAAUUCGGAGGAACGUUGAUGAAAUAGCGGACAUGGAUAGAGAACGGAUGAAACAAAAAUGUCACGACGCCAAUCUUGUGACGGCGGCGCGAGAAUUUAGAGAAGUUCUGGCUGCAAAGCUGCUUUGUAAAAUCUACUCUACACCGAAAGAGAAUCUCUUGACUGCACUGCGGCAUCUAGACGAUCGGGCGGCGCGGUUAGCAGAGGAGGCGCGUGGUCAUUGCCAGCAGGCGAUAGAGCUCACCAACACGUCGGCAUACAACGACGGCGUUGGACGGACACAGAACGAGAAGCACCGCGAAAUCUCUUCGAAGUAUGUCAAAUUGACGAAGAUUGCAGCCGCCCUACGCAAGGAAGAGGCCGGGAACUUGUGAGCACUAUUUUUCUGUAGUAAGAACUGAUUUUCGUGAUCAGUGUGACCAUGUAUUCCAACACCAAUCCACGGCACGAAACUCUGGUCGUAUGGAAGAGGUAAAGAGAACACGCCAAGGCGUGUACGUCCAUUCGUUGGCGCAAACUUUCCGAUUUCCGAUUUAUUUCUCAUCCUUUCUACCAUGAAUUUUGAUCUCCAGUUUAUUCUGCUUUGUCCUAGGACAAAGCUACGCAAACUAGACGCUGACUGUCAUGAU